UUCCUGAAAACAAAAUCAAAAUCAAAAUACAUUUUAAGAGGUUGAAACCUCAAGUUGUAUAAAAAAUUGAUAGAGUAUAUACUAGCAUGGUCCACGAUGAAUUUGGCGCUAGAUGAAAGUACACAAGAGAGACUGCCUCAAAUACUUGAAGAUAUUUUAAAAAGAACAUUAAUCGGCGAGAAAUCUAAUAAAUUAAAAGAAACAGAUAUAUUUCUUAUUUUGGUUGUUGUUUUGCUAUCGGAAAAUGGUUUUUUAUUAAUGAAAAACCAUAAUACAAAAGAUUCACAAUGUUUGCAACAUAUUGAUAACACAAAUUUGUCUACAUGGAAAAUAUCUACUGGGGUGCAUGAAAUAUCAUUUGUAUUGAGUGGUUAUAGUGACAUUAUAAUUAAAUUAGUGUUAUGUGCUCUUGGACGUACUAGUCUAAUAAAUGUGGUUAUUAGUGAUUUGAAUCCUGAAGUUUAUUCAGUAGGUUUUCUUGUAAAUCAUUAUAUUGUGGAUCCAGAGGCUUCGACUAUCCCAAUGAUGUUCCACAACUUGAAACAUCUAUCUGACACAUUUAAAAAUAAAAUAAUAACCCCAGUUAAAAGCACAAUAUUGAAUUAUUAUGGCUUUUCUGGUGCAAGUUUGAAGGGUUUGCCUGAAGAGCUAAUGUUCAAUUUAUUGUUAUUAUUGCCAGUUUCUGACAUUAUUAAUGUUGCAAAAACAUGUAAAAAAUUCUUUAUAUUAUUAAAUAAUGAAAGUUUUUGGCAUAAGUUAUUUUUGAGAGAUUUUCCACAUAAAGUUGGUACAGCAGGCAGUCUAGAAUGGAAAAUAUCUUAUAGAAUUGUGUAUAUUGCACAUCAAGAAUCUGUACGUCGAGUCAGGAAUUUGAGGAGCUCAAUGAUGGACUUAAGGGAUCGUUAUGAUUAUACAUCAUCAUAUCCGAUCAUGGAUAUCAUAUUAUAAUAAUAUUAAAAUUGAGCUGUUAUGUAUGAUUUCUUUACUUUUUAUACAUAAUAUUUGUAACUGUGGUGCUUCUAUUUCACCUUUUAUAAUCAACUAAUCAUUCAAUCUCACAUAACAAAAGGUUGUUAAUUUUAAGCAAUAAGUUUUCCUAAAUACUCGAAGUAACUUCUUUGAAACAGCGAUGUAAAACAGUGUGAAGUAUAAAGGUUAUUAAAUUGGAUUUAGCAAAA